UUUCAUGUUGGAGAAAAAUGCCAAGAAAUGCCCACGAAAGAAACACUGUUCAAGCAGGAAAUGAAUAUGUUGAAUGGUGGAAUGCCUUUCCUCUGAUGCUUAGUGCUCUGUUGGGAAUCGUUGCUGUAUUAUAUGAGAAACCGUUAUUUUUCAAAAUCGCUGUUGUUUCAAUUGCUGUAUGUUUUGUUCUGUCAAUAUUCUCGUUGAUGCUGGGCUCUGCUGAACUUUCUUGGUUAUCUGAAAGUGUACAACACAUGAAGUUCUUGAAAAUGGAAGGAUUUGACUGCAAGGAUUCUACCUCGACGUAUGAUAAUAGAUAUGAUACAGGAUGUAAAUGUACAAAAGACAAUAAAAAAGGUUCGACCUCUAUAUAUCUUAGUUGGACUUCUUGUAAAGUAAUGAUGGCUCAGUAUUAUGUCUACUUCAUAAUUGUGUUCUUUACAUCGUGUUGCUGUGGUCUCUGUUUCUUCACGCUUGUCUAUUUUGCUCUUAAGCUUAAGCCGAUUUCACAGAUCGAAAAUGCAAAUGCAGGGAGCGUGGAUGAGACUCCAUUGAACGACAACUUUGAUAAUUAUACGUUUGUAACAUGUUUGUAACAUUUGAUAACUUUGAUAAUCUUCAUGGUAGUCACGUCACAUCGUAAAUUCUUCUAUUAGAUUGAACGAUAACUCAGUGCUUUCAUAUUUAACUUUACAAUGUCAAGAAAAAUGUGUAACAUGCAAUGUCAAAAAUAUGAAGAUUUUAAUUCAUUUCUAA